AUGGUUGAAAAAUCACAUUUACAUAAAGAUCAAAUUCUUCUAAAGGCGGGUUCAAGAGUGUGACCUUGUUAGCCGAGACUCGUUCCAAAUAUAGGAAAGAUCAGUCGAUGCAGCUUUAGGACGUUGACCAGAACCCUAAGACGGCCUGGUACUAUUCCACCUCAGCUAAAAACAAAUGACAUCAACGUUCCUCAUUGGUUUGAUCCUUGUCGUCCUCUUUUUGUCGUGGUGGCGAAAACGAAACCAAUUCCUUCCACCAGGACCAUGGAACAUCCCAAUUAUAGGCUCGCUGUUCUGGUUGGAUCCCAAAAAACCAUACAAAACUCUGCAUGACUUUGCCAAAAGAUACGGACCUAUCUAUGGUCUUUAUAUGGGAGGUAUUUAUACCGUGGUUCUUUCUGAUGCAAAGCUGAUCAAGAAGGUUCUUUCUAAGGAAGCAACUACAGGGAGAGCUCCUCUAUAUAUCACUCACGGUUUGAUGAAAGGAUGUGGCAUCAUCUGUGCUGAGGGGCCAUUGUGGAAGGACCAAAGGAAACUGCUCUUCAAUUUUUUACGAAACAUAGGUGCUGCCAAAGUUAGUACAAAAAGAACUGCCAUGGAAAACUCGAUACUAAAACACGUUGAUGGUUUUAUCGAUUAUAUCGAAAGUGUAGGACAAUCUCCUAAUUUUUCACCUCUAGAGCAUUUACGACAUACUAUUGGUUCGUUUAUGAACGAAAUUGUUUUUGGAGAGUCUUGGUCCAAAGAUGAUAAGACUUGGAUCUACCUGCAGCAUCUUCAAGAAGAAGGCAUCAAAUAUAUAGGCAUUGCUGGACCAGUCAAUUUCCUACCAAUACUCAGGUUUCUUCCUAUAUUCCGCAAGAAUUUGAAGUUCCUCCAAGACGGUUUAGAGACCACUCACAAACUGUACGAUGAAAUAAUUGCAAACCAUCGUAAAACUCUGAAACAACAAUUGGAUGAAAACCCUGACUUCGAACCACAGAAUCUGUUAGAUACUUUCCUUCUCGAGAAGAAGAAGAAAGAGAACACACCAGAAGGGCUGUUCUAUAAUGACCAGCAACUGAGAUAUUUGCUUGCAGAUGUAUUUGGAGCAGGACUUGAUACUACUCUCACCACCUUGAGUUGGUACCUGCUAUUUAUGAGCCUUCAUGAAGACUUUCAACAACUGGUUCGAGAAGAACUAGCUUCAGUUCUGCAGGGUAGACGUCCAACUAUGGUAGACUUUCAAGAAUUACCACUCUUUGAAGCUUCUAUAGCCGAAGUGCAGAGAGUAAGAUCCACAGUACCAGUUGGCAUACCACAUGGUACAAUAGCCCCUAUAGAAAUAGAAGGAUUUCAAAUACCAAAAGAAACUAUGAUAAUACCAUUGCAAUGGUCAGUUCAUAUGGAUGAGAAGAAGUGGAGAGAUCCUGAAAUAUUCGAUCCGAAGAGGUUUUUAGAUGAAAAUGUUAGUUUUUGUCGGUCAGAGAAUUUUAUACCCUUUCAAGCAGGCAAAAGGAUAUGCAUAGGAGAUGAACUGGCUAAGAUGCUGUUGUACUUAUUUGCUUCCACAAUACUACAAAAAUACCGUUUAUCGAUAGAUAGUAGGGAAAAUGUUAAUUUAGAUGGACAUUGUGGUAUAACUCUAUCUCCUGAAAGCUUCAAGAUCACCUUCGAGAAUUUUCAAGCUUAAUAUUGUAUUUUCUGGAUGAAAAUUAAUCUGUGAUUUAUUUUAUAUCUGGCUGACUGUAUCCUGUUCCUCAUUUUUUUUAUACAAUUUGAGGAAGAAUCAAUAAUUAAUUUUUCCAAAGGUGAAAGAUUCUUAGAAAGAUUGCUAUGAAAAAAAUUAUAAUUUGAUAUGUUAUUAAGUUUUAAAAAUGUUGUAUACAUAUUUUUUCUUUACCUCAUGGUCACUUUUAAAUAUUUAAUUUCAAGACACAAAGGAUAUUAUUAAAUUAUG